AAUGCUGCUGACGCAAGCCGAAAUCAUUCAUGGGAACUAUGACAGCAGCACAGUUCCCCGCUCCAAGCCAAGAGCAGCAGCUGAACCCGAACUCGAACGACAUUGGGAGCGGCGACCGGCUCAACUGUACAGAGUAACACACCGAAAGGACAACCGAACCGGAAGCUGCAACACCGUAACCCGUUUCUCUGUGGUGUAACGGAAGCCGCGUGCGCAUCCGGGCGGCUGUUUCGGCGGUGGGGCAGCAGCUGCGAGCUGCUGCGAACCAAGCAGCAGGCAGGCAGUGACAGCUGAAGGAUCCGCUGGAGCUCGUCACUCUGCAGCUGCGAGGUUUCCGACAACAAUGCCUGUGGAUCUGCUGGCUGAACGUCCUGCCUGUGUGGCUGCUUUCAACUUCUUGCUGCUAAAGGAAAUUUCCAAAAACCCGUAAUCGCUGGACGUUUAAUAACGUCGGAUCAACUUCCUGGUCUCUUCUAAAGAGAGCAGGUCUGCCAUGUAGGAGACAUUCUCGUAGGAGAAACAAAUCUGUCCUGAACUGUUUAGUUAUCAGGAUAAAGCCUUCAGCCCUCAACCAGGUGCCUUCUCUUGACCCUCCCUGUACCAUGCUCGGUGCUCCUAUGCUGAAAAGAAACAUGUCCCAGAAGUUAGGUGUGCUCCUGCUGGUGUUCGGUUUGGUUUGGGGACUCAUGCUGCUGCGCUACACCGUGCAGCAGCCUCGCCGCCAGACCAGCGCAGAGCUGCGCGAGCAAAUACUGGAGCUCAGCCAGCGAUAUGUCCGAGUGCUCACGGAGGAGAACCAGAACGCACCAGGCGGGCCGCAGGGAAACUCCAUGUCCGGUUACGCGGACCUGAAGAGGACUAUAGCCGUGUUGUUGGAUGACAUUCUGACCCGUCUGGUCAGGCUGGAGGGCAAAAUCGAACUGGUAGUCAACGCCUCCUCCACAAACUCCUCCCACGCAGCAGGAGGCGUCCUCGCCUCCGCUCCCGAGGCCUUGCAGAAAGCGGCGAAGCAGGAGGCGCCAGAGACGUUGCACCUUCACCAGCACAUCCAUAACAGGCCUCGACCGCAUUAAGAAGAACUUAUCUGAAGCAGAUAAUAUUUUAAAAAAGCAAUAUAGAUAUUUAUUAACAUCCAGGCUCUUCAAAUCCCAGGAUACAUCUCAGAAAUAUUCCGUUAAAUUAAAUUAAAUGAAGUUCUUGAAUAAGAAAGAGGUUCUCAUAUUUUUUUCUAUCUCUUUUUAAUUUAGGUUUUUUUUGUCUUUAUUUAAUUAUCUUUUUUUUAUUCUACUCAUUUCUUACAUUUAGUGAUUGAGCAAAAUCAAAGGAAAAGAAGCUAAUUGUAGUUUUUAUCAACUUUGUCGACACAUUUAGCUUCACUUGAGAAGCUGAAUCAAGACUUCUAGGAGCAAACAGGCACGCAGGUUUUUGGCAGGAAGAGUUAGCCGGGUUUGCUUAGCUGUUCAGAUCAUUCAACAGAUGUAAUCCAAAGAACGUGUUUGCACUUCAUUAAAGGCAAUAUAAAUGUCCUUGCUAUUGCUGUGGUGCUGAGAGGAAGGACACAUCACCUGCUCGCUGCUCCAGACGGGUGUGCCUGCCGUGGAAAAGAAAGUUAAUAUCUGAUGUGUGUUUUUGUGCCAUUUUUUUUUUUUUUUUUUACAAACGUUUGUCAAAUCAGGUUUAGAGUGAAUGAAAAAAUCAGAUUAUUAAUUUGAAAAAAAAUGAGGAUAGUACACAGAGGAAUUGUUAAAAAUAAAAAGUAUUUUAAGCUUGAAAGAAAUAUUGAAAAUUAAAAAAUAAUAAUUGAAAAUGUGAAAUAAAUUAGGAAUGACAGCAUGUACAACAGACAUGGUUUGAAGCAGAGAUGCUGUCAUUGUAACUUUUGUCACCUGAUGUCCUGGAAUAAUCAAUGGACUCAAACCCCAACCCAAACACAAAAUCGGGAUCAACUCGGGGAGAAAAAAAGGAAAAUUUGAAUUGAAACUGUAAAUUGAGGAAUGAAAAGUAAUGGAAAUGAAAAAAAAAACAUUGAAAACAGCAGCUGUUGGAAAUAAACAUUUUUCAUUUGUUUUUCUAAUUAAAGCUUUAAAUUUACUUUUUUAAAAACAUUUCUUUCAAGUUUAUAAUACAUUUAUUUCAAAUUAAUAAAUAUCAUCUAUGUACUUUCCAGUUUAAAGAUGUUCAAAUUUUAUUUUUCAUAUUUAAAAUCUGGUUUGUGAUUCACUUUAAGCUGAUUGGAUUUUUUUUCACUAGAUGACUUUGAUCAUUUGUGUAUAUAUCUGCAUAAUGCUGGUAUAUCCUUCACAUAUCCUCACUAGAGAAAGCUGCAGCAGCAUUUUGCUACGAUGUUGUGAAGCACAGAGACUUUCUCCUUCCCAAAGAUGAGCAGUGAUCCUUCACACAAACUGCGUUGAGACUUUGCCUUACAAUGUGGAUCAGAAGCUUCACUGUGUCUCCUGCCCUCUGAAUGAAGGUGAUCAGAUAUGAAAGAGUCUCAACUGAAUUCUACUGUGAAUGUACUUCUUUUGCUAUGCUUAAGUGAUGUAUAGAAUUGGCUUAGAAAUAGCCUUACUAAUAAAUUCACUUCACUGAAAA